CUGACGCCAUUUUUCCUCCCCGCUGCCAGCUCCCUCCGUCCCCUUCGGGUUCGUUCAUUACCGAGUGACCCUGGAAAAUGUCACUUUCGUCCCGCCACGCCCCGGGGUGACGGCUACGAAGAGGCGGGGCGGCCGGCAGGAGGAGGGCCCGCACCUACCCCUCCCAGCAGGCCGCGGGCCGGGAAGGGGCGGGUGAGGUUUCCCGGAACCAUACGCGGUUUCCCGGAGCCAGCCGAGCUCACACGGCCGCCGCCGGCCCGUUCUCCGCGCGGGCUGAGGGAGCCGGGAACUGCCCGCCAUGUCCUCGGUGGCCGCCGCCAGCUGCGACGGCAAGGGCGCGGGGGAGGCGCGGGAGGAGAAGAAGCCGCUGAAGCCCUGCUGCGCCUGCCCCGAGACCAAGAAGGCGCGGGACGCCUGCAUUAUUGAGAAGGGAGAAGAAAAUUGUGGGCACCUAAUUGAAGCUCACAAGGAGUGUAUGAGAGCUCUGGGCUUCAAGAUAUGAGUGAGAUGAGCAGGACUGAGUCAGAUGAUGUCUUUGGUGUGACUGUGUUCUGGAAAGCUGCAAAAUAAAUUAUUUCUGCAAGUUACUUCAAAGAACAAAUAUAAACAAAGAGUCUAUUUAUGAAGAUUCUUUAAUGAUAGAGUAUGCAUCACAUCUGUAACUUUUCCACUGCUUGCUCUUGGCCACUGCUACAGAAAAUAUAUUUUUUCCUCUUAAUAAAAGCCUGAAAAUGA